CCUCUCAUCACAGAAGCUCGCAUCUCUGACUAACUGCGCUCAAUCCCAGAUCUCGCCAUGGCAAGUGCGCGCGUUCCUCGGCUCCUCUCUUUGCUUUGUGUCCUCAUCACCACUUGCUCUGUAAAGGGAAAUGUCGGAACAGCAGACAUAGAUGAGUGUUCCAUGGGUACAGAUGACUGCCACAUCGAUGCUCUGUGCCAGAACACCCCAACGUCCUUCAAAUGCAUCUGUAAGGCCGGUUACAGGGGAGACGGCAAGCACUGCGAAGAUAUGGACGAAUGUGAUAAUGAUUACAAUGGAGGCUGUGUGCAUGACUGCAUCAACAUCCCUGGAAACUACAGAUGCACGUGCUAUGAUGGUUUCAUGCUGGCAGAUGAUGGUCAUAACUGUCUAGACGUGGAUGAGUGUCAGGACAACAACGGCGGAUGCCAGCAAAUCUGUUUGAACACCAUGGGCAGCUACGAGUGCCAGUGCAAAGACGGCUUCUUCCUGAGCGACAACCAACACACCUGCAUCCACCGCUCUGAAGAUGGGAUGAACUGCAUGAACAAGGACCAUGGCUGUGCUCACAUCUGUAGGGAGACUCCAAAAGGUGGUGUGUCAUGCGAGUGCAGGCCGGGGUUCGAACUGGCCGAGAACCAGCAGGACUGCAGAUUGACGUGUAACUAUGGAAACGGCGGCUGCCAACACACCUGUGAAGACACGGACACAGGUCCAGUGUGCGGCUGCCAUCAGAAAUAUGCUCUGCAUUCAGACAGCAAGACCUGCAUUGAGAAAGAUGAGGCUGCAAUUGAGAGCUCUGAGUUCAAUACCACGUCAGUAGCUGAUGUGGACAAGCGGGUGAAACGGCGUCUACUUAUGGAGACCUGUGCAGUAAAUAAUGGCGGAUGUGACCGCACGUGUAAAGACACGGCCACCGGAGUGCGUUGCAGCUGUCCAGUCGGCUUCACCCUGCAACCCGACGGCAAGACCUGCAAAGAUAUAGAUGAGUGUCUGGAGAAUAAGGGCGGCUGUGAUCACUUGUGUAGAAACACGGUGGGCAGCUUCGAGUGCAGCUGUCGCAAAGGUCACAAACUCCUCACCAACGAGCGCACGUGUCAAGAUGUUGACGAGUGCUCAUUCGAGAGGAUGUGCGAUCACAUCUGCAUCAACUACGAAGGCAGUUACGAGUGUGUGUGCCACAAGGGCUACACUCUCUACGGCCUCACACACUGCGGAGAUAUUGAUGAGUGCAGUAUCAAUAAUGGACGCUGUGAGUACGGCUGUGUGAAUACACAGGGUGCUUAUGAGUGUGUGUGUCCUCCUGGAAAGAAGCUUCACUGGAAUAAGAAAGACUGCGUCGAGGCGGUGAACUGUCUGCCCAACGGCAAGCCGGCACCUCGCGCUCUGCUCAGCUGCACCAAGACGGCCGGCGUGGAGACGUGCUCUCUGUCAUGUCCUUCAAACGCCCUUUUCCAGGCAGAUUCGGAGAACAGUUACACACUGAGCUGUGGAGUUCCAGUUCAAACAGGCAAAGCGCUCGCAAAGAACAUCACCACCUCCAGCACCUCGACUCUACAGAGCUGUACCGAGGCACUGGCACCGCCUGUCAAACAGAAGGCCCGCUUCAAGAUCAAGGACGCAAAGUGCCACCUGAGACCUCGCAACAAAGAGAAGCACCGCGAUGGAGCCAAGCAAACCCUACAAGGUGGGAUGCCAGCUCAGUUUCCCUGUACUGAUGACUGCCAGGUGACGUUUGUAAAUCUGAAGUGUGAAUCUUCUAAAAAGCGUCGGCGUGGGCGAAAGUCUCCAACUAAAGAGGUCUCGCACAUCACUGCUGAGUUCGAGAUGGAAAUGAAGGAAGAGGAGGCCUCAGAAACGUGUAAUGUGGAUUGUGUGCGAGAGAAGAAGAAGCAGAGACUGCAGAACACACUCCGCACCCUGAGGAAGUCCAUCAUUAAACAGCAGUUCUAUAUCCAGUUCUCGGGCUCGGCGUAUGAAGUGGCUCAACGAGCCGUCCGUCCACCCGAGACAGACGAGACCUGUAGCACGGGACAGGUGCUCAACAAGGGAAAGUGCGUCAGCUGUGGUGUAGGGACGUUUUACAGUGGUGAGCAGGACAGGUGCUACCAAUGUCCACCUGGAACCUAUCAGGACAUGGAGGGCCAGCUGUCCUGCGAGCCUUGUCCUGUUCCUGAAACCCAGAGCGUUACAGGGGCCAAGAACGUCUCUGAGUGUGGAGGUCUGUGUCCUGCUGGUCAUUUCUCUACCGAUGGCUUCCAUCCGUGCCAGCCGUGUCCCCUGGGCACCUUCCAGCCUGAACGUGGGCGUGUGCUUUGCUUCCCCUGUGGAGGAGGAAUCAUGACCAAGCACAUCGGAAGCACAUCAUUCAGAGACUGCGAAGCCAAAGUACACUGUGCUUCAGGACACUACUACAACUCCAGCACACACCGCUGUAUCCGCUGUCCUGUUGGCGCUUAUCAGUCAGAGUUCGGGCAGAAUUACUGCGUCACCUGUCCUGGAAACACCACCACUGACUUCGACGGAGCCACAAACGUCACCCAGUGCAAGAAUCAAAUGUGUGGCGGUGAGCUGGGGGAUUUUAUGGGCUAUAUCGAGUCUCCUAACUAUCCCGGAGAUUAUCCGUCUAACGUGGACUGUGUUUGGACCAUCAACCCUCCCAACAAGAGGCGGAUCCUCAUUGUGGUGCCUGAGAUCUUCCUUCCUAUCGAGGACGAAUGUGGGGACGUGCUGGUCAUGAGGAAAAGCUCCCAGCCCACGUCCAUAACCACCUACGAGACGUGUCAGACGUACGAGAGGCCGAUUGCGUUCACCUCCCGCUCCCGCAAGCUCUGGAUCCAGUUCAAAUCCAAUGAAGGCAACAGCGGGAAGGGCUUUCAAGUCCCCUAUGUCACCUACGAUGAGGAUUACCAGCAGCUCAUUGAGGACAUUGUUCGAGAUGGUCGACUCUACGCAUCAGAGAAUCACCAGGAGAUUUUAAAAGAUAAGAAGCUGAUUAAGGCUCUGUUUGACGUCCUGGCACACCCUCAUAACUAUUUUAAGUACACAGUUCAGGAAUCCAAAGAGAUGUUCCCACGUUCUUUCAUCAAGCUGCUACGUUCCAAAGUCACCAGGUUUCUACGGCCUUACAAAUAGAAACCUGCAGCGCUGCUCUUACCUUCUCCAACUCCUCCUACUCCUUUUAUUCUUCCUCAUCUUCCUCCUCCUCCUCCUCUCUCUCGUCUCUGUUCCCCCUUCGGUCAGCUGCUUCUUUCUGUCUGCGUCCCUCGGGAGUGUUUUUACUCGCCAGCUAAAUCCCAGAACGACACAAAGUGGAGGUCUGGUCUUCCUCCUACCUCUUCUCUGGAGUCUCGUUUUUUAAAUUUUCCUUUUAUAAGCCUUUUAAAUUGUUGUUUUAUUGUUUAUGUUUUGCUUCAGGAUUAUUUUAAUGCUUUUGAAUAUUUAUAUGUGCUACAAAUUGCAGAGACCCAAUUGUCCUGGAUGUUUCAUAUCUAUAUAUUUGUAUAUGUAUGUACGUAUGCAUGUAUGUGCAUAUGCGUGUUACGCCUGUGUCCUGCAGGUUACAUUUAUACACACACAGAUAUAUUAUUAGUAUGAGAAGAUUUAGUUCUUGCCCCAGACAUGCACAAGAUUGCAUUUAGAAAUGACUGGUGUGCACUUAUUUUUAUUUUUAUUUUUUUUUCAAAAACAAAAAUCUUUUCAGUAUGGAGAACGGAAUUCGUUCCAGUAUCCAAUGUUUGAACAAAGAGAACUAGAUGAUAACAAAAACAUAUAUUACAAGAUAAAGACUACCUGCAGGUAACAUUGGGUUACUCCAGAGUUACACUUUUGUUAUGUAACUAAUAUUUGGAACUUUAAUUGCACUUGAAUUUUAUAUUGUAAAACGUUAGAGAAAAAAAACAAUGUUACUUUUUUUUUUUUUUUUGUUCCUUAUGUUUGUGUUGUAUAUAGAAAUGUGUGGUUGGUUCUAUCUCCAGGCUGAAAUGGGAUUUAAAACAAGUCUCACCUCUUUAAAUGCCAAAAAAACCCAGUUAAGUCUAUAUUUACCCCUUAAAGUCUCAGUUAGUAAUCAUAUAGCACGUUAUUCAGCCAGUUUUGCAUUUAUGGAUUUGUAGCAUUGCUGAGAUUCCAGUUUGCAGUCUUGCUGAGCCGCUCAGACACUUUAGGAAAGACUGGUUCGCUAUAACGUUAACUUUAGGAACUAGCUUUCUAAGGAUCCAGUAAAUGAGGAAGGUGGUAUCUUAGUGACAAAGGCAUAGGAAUUUGGACCUGAAGGUUGUGAGUUCAAAUACCAGCCACACCAAGCUGGCACACUUGGGCCCCUGAGCAAGGCUCUUUAACCCCAUAGCUGCUCAAUUGUACGAGAUUGAAUGUCGUUCUGUCAAACGCCAGAAAUUUAAAUGUAAGUACAGUGAAUAUACAUUUUACCUAAACAAAUUGUUGAAAUUGUUCUCUGUGGUAAUAGAAAUAGAAAUAAAACACUUCAAAACCACAAGCUACUGAAUUUAAAUGAAUGUGUUAAAGUUGUGGUAAUAAAGUAAUAAAAUGUCAAAACAGUUCUGCCAAGCUGCCACCGUCUGGCCCUUGAGCAAGGCCCUUAAACCUCCGUACCCCAGGGGUGCCAAAUCACAGCAAAUCCUGCACUCCGAUCCUGAUUUUUGGAAUAUGCAAAGAAAAGAAUUUCACUGUGCUGCAAUGUAAGUGUCUUUCUUUCUUUCUUUCUUUCUUUCUUUCUUUCUUUCUUUCUUUCUUUCUUUCUUUUAAAACAUAUUGUUUUUGGAAAAUAAUUUCAAAUAAAAACAAUAACUCUGCUUUAUACUUACUUGCUUUAAGCAGAAAGAAAGAAAGAAAGAAAGAAAGAAAGAAAGAAAGAAAGAAAGAAAGAGAAAUUCUUGUCACAUGUACAUUAAAACACAGUGAAAUUCUUUCUUUGUGUAUCCCAGCGAUGUUAGGAAGUUGGGGUCAGAGCGCGGGAGCAGCCACGAUACACAGCACAGAGGGUUAAGGGCCUUGCUCAGGGGCCACAAGAGUGGCGACACCCAACCUUCAGAUCAGUAACCCAGAGCUUUACAUUUACAUUUAGGGCAUUCGGCAGAUGCACUUAUUCAGAUCUAAUUUAUACAACUGAGCAGCCUAUAAGGCCAGGAAUGGGAUUUGAACUAAUGACCUUGGAUCCAAAAGUCCAAUACCUAAACCACUGAGCUUCCACCUCCCUCACCACAUUUACCUUUAUUGGCAUUUGAUAGAUGCCCUUAUCCAAAGGUGACUUCCAAUUAAUGCAUUUUUUCAAAUGAGCAGGUCAGGGUUAAGGGCCCUGCUCAAGAACUCAACAGGAGCAGCUUAGUGGUGCUGGGAUUUGAACUCACAACCUUCCGAUCAGAAGUCCGGCGUCUCAACCAUUGAUUAUUCUUCUGUCUGAGCUUUUAUUUGUACUACCUUACUUACAAUUCUGGGACUUUAAGGGGUUUUAUUAUAUGAACAUAAUCGAUUUUUUUUCUUUCAAAACGUGUUGCUUCUACGUAUAAAAUGCAUAUAGAUCACAUUCACGUGGCGUGCACACGGUAGAAAGCACAAAGCAGCUUUUUCAUUUUAGACGUUAGACAUACAGCGAGUCCUGAUCCGUCGAUUUCCGUGGUGUAUGAAGUGUUCAGAUGUAAGGAACUUUGCUUUAACUUUAUGAAUGUAUGGUGAAGGAGGUCAUGUGGGAUUUCGGUUGAAUAAGAGAAGAUUAUUUUCUGCUAACUGGUGAAUAUUUUGUAUGAAAUGGCUCUGUGUGUGUGUGUGUGUGUGUGUGUGUGUGUGUGUGUGUUGUGUGUGUGUGUAAAGACAUAUCAGUAAGGUCAGUGGGAUUCUUACGCACCAUGUUCAUUGUUGCGCAGAUUAUAAAUGUGUUUAAAGCAGUAGACUCUGAGUUGUAACACUGUUCUCUACAUGCAAUACAUGGAUUUUUACCCUAAAGUUUCUCCAUUUAUUUACAAUUUAUACUUGUUUGAAAGAUACUAAUAAGCUGGAAGCAUAAAACCUCUAAAACGAGUCACGAAUGAUGUUGUUUUCUCAGUGUUUCUCAACGAUGGUCCUGGAGCAGCCCAAGCCUUAACAUUUGUGGGUUUCCCUCCUUUAAUUCACAUCUUUUAAAUAAUGAAAUCAGUUGAAUUUAAAGAAGGUAAAAACAAACUUGUGCAGUAAUAGGGCCCAGGUCCUCAAGUCCUCAGGUGCUCAGGUCCUCAGGUCCUCAGGUCCAGGAUUGAGAAACGCUGAAAGAGCUAAACAUGCUUGGAGGAGAGCAAUGAUGCUGUAUUCGUAACUCUGAGCAAACUCUGAGCGUUCACACAGUUUCAACCAAAAAUUGAUUCAAAAUGAAAUAAAAGUCAGUCUUCACAGUAA